UCCCCCCCACCCAUUCUCUUCCCUCCUCUUCCUCCUCCCCCCCCUUCCGAAAUGCCCCCCAAAAAACAGGCACCGGCAGCAGCGGGGGCGGGUAACAAAAAGGCAGAUCAGAAAAAGAAGGAGAAGAUCAUCGAGGACAAAACCUUUGGCUUAAAGAAUAAGAAAGGAGCAAAACAGCAAAAGUUUAUCAAGGCUGUGACCCAUCAAGUUAAGUUCGGUCAGCAAAACCCACGGCAGGCUGGUCAAGCAGAAGGUGACAAGAAACUAAAAAAAGAUGAUAAGAAGAAAGAAUUACAGGAGCUGAAUGAGCUUUUCAAACCUGUGGUUGCUGCACAGAAAAUCAGUAAAGGUGCCGAUCCAAAAUCAGUAGUAUGUGCUUUCUUCAAGCAAGGGCAGUGCACAAAAGGAGACAAGUGCAAAUUUUCUCAUGACUUGACUUUGGAGAGAAAGUGUGAAAAGAGAAGUGUUUACAUUGAUGCCAGAGAUGAAGAUCUUGAAAAGGACACAAUGGAUAACUGGGAUGAAAAGAAACUGGAGGAGGUAGUGAACAAGAAGCAUGGUGAAGCUGAAAAGAAGAAACCCAAAACCCAAAUAGUCUGCAAGUAUUUCCUCGAUGCUAUUGAAAACAAUAAAUAUGGAUGGUUUUGGGUCUGUCCUGGUGGAGGAGACAACUGUAUGUACCGCCAUGCGCUCCCUCCUGGCUUCGUACUCAAGAAGGACAAGAAAAAAGAAGAAAAGGAAGAAGAAAUUUCUUUAGAAGAUCUAAUAGAAAAAGAGCGUGCAGCCUUAGGAGCAAAUGUUACUAAAAUUACUUUAGAGUCUUUUCUGGCAUGGAAGAAAAGGAAAAGACAAGAAAAAAUUAAUAAGGCUGAGCAAGAUAUGGAAAGAAGGAAAGCAGACUUUAAGGCUGGCAAAGCACUGGUGAUCAGUGGGCGUGAAGUGUUCGAGUUCCGGCCAGAGCUGGUCGAUGCAGAUGAUGAAGAAGCAGAUGACACCCGUUAUAUUCAAGGAACGGGUGAAGAUGAGGUCGAUGAACAGGUGGAUGUAAAUGAUGUGGACUUGAACCUGUAUGUUCCAAAAGCCGUAGAUGAGACUGGAAUUACAGUAGCAAGUCUGGAACGAUUUAGCACAUAUACUUCGGCUGAAAAGGAUGAUAACAAGUUGAGUGAAGCUUCUGGAGGUGGACUGGAGAAUGGAGAACAAAGUGAUUUGGAAGCUGACAGCGACAUGGAGGGCACCCAGGAAAAUGGAGUAAUUGAUGCAGUCCCAGUUGAUGAAAAUCUUUUUACUGGCGAGGAUUUGGAAGAACUAGAAGAAGAACUAAACACACUUGAUUUAGAGGAGUGAACAAGCAGCAUCACACAUGACUUUAAAUCUACUUGACAACGUUAAUACUAUCUCCAUUCUUAUGUGGAGUACUCUUGGUUCCUCACAUGAUUCUGGAAAAAAAAACAUUAAACAGAAAUAUCUUUCCCCCCAAUUUUUUCCUGAUUCAGUCUUAACCAGCUUAAUAAACUUCCCAGAUAGUACACUGAGAAAGAACUCUCUUAAUGUACAAUGACGUAAUGAAAUCCCCGCCAAAAGUAGGAAGUCGAUCACUACUUUUCCAGGAUGUGUGAAGGGGAGUGUUGCUACCAAGUCCAGGAGGAGGUCAAGAAAUCCUUCAGUAGAACUGCAUUUGAAAUAAGUAUUUUGAGUGAUUAAGUUUGUGCUACAAUACUGUAAGUCGAAGUGAUAACUGGUUGAAAUGGCUUUGUUCUUAAAAGUGCUGGAAUUGCUUUUGAUUAUUUGACCAAACAGAUACCUAAAGUAGAGAUUCAUAAAAUCACACAAGUAUGGGCCCUGCUUCUAAAUUUUAAAGUUAAUCCACCAAGGUGUAAAUAAAGACUAUCUGGUUAAAAAAAAACACCAUGUUGGUUCUACAUUAGUGUACCGGUAUAUGCAUGUUUUGCAAAUAUGCAGUAGACCUAAACAACAGCACUUCUGCAAGUAUGAUUAAUUGCAGCUUAAAAGUGUAAUUUAUAGAUUGCCUCUGUGUGUGAAAAGGCUUAUUCUUCUGCCUGCUGAAAAAUCCCAGUAUAUGCAAAAUGUACUUGCCAUGACUUCAUCAUUCUUUCUGGUAUUCAGGCAUAUCCAUUUGUAUGUAGUGUAAAUUUUGUGAGAUUUGGGAAUUAGUAGUACUGGAAUUCUGCUUUAAGCAAUCAAAGCAGGAGAUUCCUACAUUCUUUAGACUACAGAGGCAGAUGGAUUAAAAUUUAGCUGUAAUGUUGAAAAGACAAAUACCAUAUUACAGUGGUAUUUUUAAAAAAUGUGUUAGCCCAGGUAGUUCAACAUUAAAUACAGCAACUUGCUUUGCAUUUUUUGUAGCAAAGUUUAGAAGUUUUUCUGGCAGAAUAGCUUGCAAACCAGUGAUGUGGAGAGAACUUUCAGAUAAAUGUUACAUUUCAUGUGGCACAGACCUCUGGCUUAGAAUGUGAACAUAGCCUCGUUCAUUUCAAAAGUGUUUUUGUCCCAUAUUUUAGUAAGAAUGGGAUAUGUUGCUAUAUGACACAAGUACGAAAAUCUAGAAAUUCUAGAUAGAUUUUUUUUAAAUGGAAAAUUACUUGGAAGGGAUAUUGUGAACACUGGAAACUGAAAAUACCUUGACUAAUCUGUCCAUCUGGAGAGAGGUAAUGCUUCAUCCAGUACUGGGGGGGGGGGAGUUAAAACAUAAUGCUAAAUAAGAUAAUGCUGAAUAAAGAUUUGUAGAAUUGAAUGUUAAUGGACUAGCCAUCAAAGUUCAUAGAACCUUUCCAGCCUGUGGCUGGAUUAAAAUAGAAAUACUUGGAUCAGCCUAUACCUAAGUGGGAUCUGUAGGGUUGCUUAAAUAUUUUAUGUGUACUUUAUUUUUCACCGUCUCCUUCGUUGAUCACUUUUUUUUCAUGCAGACCUCUUAUUGAGUUGAGAUUCAUUUGAAUCACAGCGUCUUGCUUAUCUGCCUUAAUUUUUCCAGAACCAAGUAGAAUUGUGGGCUUCUGUUUAUCAUACAUCCUGCUUUUUAUUUUAAAAAAGCACUUGAAUUAUUUUUUUUAGCACUGCAGUAAGCUUGUUUUCAAGGAAAAUGAAGAGUAAAUGUUGUUGAGCAUCUUGAUGUUAUUCUCUCUCUUUCAGAAGUUUGGAAAACUUUCCUCUCUAAAAUGUAGACUGAAGAUUAAACAGCAGACCCAGCCA